UAGUGUGUAUGUAAUGUAAAUAGUGUUCCUAGUGCUGGACAGGAGAAAGGGAGUUAUAGAUUCAAUGUUUUUGAUAAUUAAUUGAGUUAAACAUUCAUUAUUAAAUCAUAGAAGUGAUAGCUAACAAAAAGGGAUAAAUUUUCCAAAGGGAAAUGUUAGAAGAUAAAGAGGGAAGAGAGAUAUUGAAGAUCCGACUCUGUUAUUUAGGAAUUUGCAGUUUCAUGCUUACUGGGUUCUUACUUGAUUAAUAUGUACAAAUUUAUGAGGCCAUGGACGUCAGGACAAGACUUGGUCUCCUUAAUGCGAUGGUUGGAAAACUGGGUAAAAGGCGGGAUGGUUUUGCUAAUAAAGUUUUCAUGUGUCAUGCUCAAUUUUUUACGUAGUGAAUCUGGUGUUUUUCUUAGCCUUUUCUUGUUUUAAGUAUAGAUUGAAACUGUGUCUGGGACAUUGGUACUAUGAUGGGUGAAUUCACAACUUGCAAGGAUUUUGAAUUGGGUUGACCGGCCUAUUCAGCAGGAGCGGUGGGUGCUGGUUUCACCUCAACAAAGGCAUGGAUGUUCAAUUGUUGAAGUCUACAGGAUUGUGGAAGAGACGGUCAAUCAGUUCUUUGCUUUGGAAGUUCCAAUGAGGCCAGGAGAACUGGGUAGCCUCUUUUGCGGCAUUGAUAAUGCAUUUCAAGUAUAUGCAAAGACCGUUUUAGAUAAGAUUGCUAAUAAGGAAGAUAUUGUUCCACCUGUGCCUAUUUUGACGAGACACUCAAGGGAAAGUGGAAUUAAGGCAUUUGUAAAGAAGGAGUUGAAGGAUACAAGGAUACCAGAUGUCUUGAAGUCUGUUGAAAUUGACGUAGCGGCAACAUCAACGCUUUGUGUGCAGUUGAAUAGCCUUCAUGCAAUGGAGUCUGCAACAAUAUCAGAUAAAGAGCAGAUAGAGUUCUACAUGACAUCUUCAAUCGAAAAUGCAUUUACAAGGGUAAAGAAUUGUUACUUGUUGGAAAAGGAAACUUAA